AUGAGUAAAACAAAAGCUGUCAAAAUCGCGGUUAUUGGCGGAAGUGGCCUUUAUAAAUUUGACCAUUUAACCCCGAUAAGAGAAAUUUGUCCGGAAACUCCAUGGGGUUAUCCUAGCAGUAACAUCGUUAUAGUUGAGGACUCUCGUGGUUCUCAAAUUGCUUUUCUUUCUCGACAUGGCGUUGGACAUCAGUACAGUCCUUCUGAAGUGCCGUCGAGGGCAAACAUAGCUGCCUUGAAACAUAUUGGUGUGGAAGUUAUUAUCGCCUUUUCAGCUGUUGGAUCUCUUAGAGAAGAAAUAAAACAUCAAGACUUUGUCCUUCCAGAUCAGAUUAUAGAUCGGACUAAAGGAAUUCGACCUUUUACCUUUUUUGAAGGUGGAAUCGUAGCUCAUACAACAUUCGCAGAUCCUUUUAGUCCAUUACUUUCCGAAAUUGUUUAUUCCCAUCGACAUUGUCUUGGAGAAAACAUCACUUUACAUCGCAACAAAACGGUUGUAUGUAUAGAAGGACCUGCGUUUAGUACAAGAGCUGAAUCACACUUAUAUCGAAGUUGGGGAUGUGACGUUAUUAACAUGUCUGCAUUGCCCGAAGCAAAAUUGGCUAAAGAAGCUGAAAUUGCUUAUCAAAUGAUAUGUAUGUCAACUGAUUAUGAUUGUUGGAAGCAAGAUGAAGAAUCGGUUUCUGUUGAAGUGGUAAUUUCAAAUUUAAAGCAGAAUGCAGAUAAUGCAAAAAAAUUAUUAGUAGAAAUUUUGCCAGACUUAGAGAAGGCGUUGGAGGAAGGAAAGUUUGAGGAAAUGAAGGGAAUUAUGAAAGGAUCUUGUAUUACCAGCAAAGAAGUUAGGAAUGAAGUUAGAAGUCAAGAAGCAAUUAGAAAGCUAGAGUAUAUUUUGCCUGGUUAUUUUAGUUAA